AUGCAAAAACAGGAACUGCUUAAUUCUAUCUGGCAGGAAGUGAAAUGUUCAUUUCAGGUUCUGUCUUUUACUCACUCUGAACCGUCACAUGGCUUGUUCUCCGAUUCUCUUUGGUGUUUUACUUUACACCGCAGGAACUUUGAGCAUGAAGACAUUAGAUCAUGUAACUGUAAGUGAAGGAGGAACUAUCACAAUCCCCUGUCUUUAUGACAGUCAUUAUAAACUAGAUACAAAAUACUGGUGUAAAGGGUAUUUUUGGCAUUCUUGCAAAAUUAAAGCCCGUGCAAAUGAUACGGGGAAAUGGACAGUAACUGAUUAUCCAGCCAACAAUAUUUUUACUGUGCAAAUGAACAAACUGACGUCCUCAGACUCUGGAUUUUACUGGUGUGCUGUGGAGACUGGCACUGAUACAUUUAAAAAAUAUUUGUAUGUAACUGUUAAAAAAGCUCCUGAUGUGUCUGUGGUGAGCAGCAGUGUAUCUGGACAUGAAGGUGGUGAUAUCAGUGUUCAGUGUCUCUACAGUUCUGGAUAUAAGAAUAAACCCAAACAGUGGUGCAGAUUUGAAGAUCAAAGCUGUUACACAGUGGGGAGGACUAACACAUCCCAGAAUUCAUCAGUCCAGAUCCGUGAUGAUGGAACAAGAAACUUCACUGUGCUGAUGACUGGACUGAGACUGACUGAUUCUGGCUGGUACUUCUGCUCUGUUGGAGAUCUGCAAGUUCCUGUUCAACUCCAUGUUUGGAGGGACAAUGAAUAUAAAACUGAAAGUGAUGCUCGUCUAUCUCCCUCCAUAUGCGGAAAACAAAGGGCAAGAAAUGAUACAGAAGAGAGCAACUGCCCUUCCGAAGACUCAUCUGACCAGAUGGACUGGACUUUUCUCCUUCUCUAUACUGCUGUGCCGCUACUUUUGUUGCUGAUGCUGGUUUUAGGAAUCUGGAGGCUUAUACAAAAACACAAUGGGGCUUUGUCCAAACGAGGACCAGACGUCUGUUCUGUGGCAGAAAGGCCAAUGAGUAUUACGUAUGACACUGUGGUCUUCAAAAAAACAGAAGACCAUGAACAAAACCAGGUCUGCAUUAGCCGUCCUCCUGAACAAGUUGAAGUGAUCUACAGCACUCCAAAACUUCACUAAUAACACACGAUCUCUGGAUAUUGACAUUAUGAAUGUUACAAUCUGAAGCAAUAGCAUCUUCCUCUGUUUUACAUCAUGCACAGUUUCUUUAAAGGCCGUGAAAGACAUUGUGUAAGAAAGAAAAAAGGAAUUACUGAGCACGUUUUAAAAUGUGUUGCAUGCAGGGUCAUGGUUGUGUCAGAUUUUUAUUUUAUCGUUAAGGUCUUUGCCACGUUUGUAAAAGUGUCACGUAUUUAUUAUAGCGUGUGUGUUUGUCGAAGUACAUUUUCUUCUGCUUCUGGACUUUUAUUCUAAGUCAAAGUGAGAAGCAAAACUGAAACAUUUUUACCACAUCAGAGACUGACACAAUGAGUUCAGGUCAGUUUAGGAUUAGUUACACCACUUCAGAAAAUCCUGCUCAGUUGAAAUCUAUGUACUCAACAUUUGUCUUUCCAUAAGAAACUAUUCUGUUGCUUUUUCUUUUAUUUUUUUAAUUGGGCUGCUAAAUAUUUUAGCAUUAUUGUUAUAUGUUAGUUGUUACUGUUAGUUGUAAAAAGUACUUCAGUCUGUACAUAAAGGAAUAUUUUAAUGGAUUUGCAAUUAAAAUGGCAUAAAUAUUAAUACAUAAGAAUGUCUAAAUGGCUCUCAUUCAAGGUAAUAUUAUAUAUGUGACUCUGGAGCACAAAACCAGUCUGAAAUAGCACAGGUAUAUUUGUAGCAAUAGCCAAAAAUACAUUGUAUGGGUCAAAAUGAUCAAUUUUUCUUUUAUGCCAAAAAUCAUUAGGAUAUUACGUAAAGAUUAUGUUCCUUGAAGAUAUUUUGUAAAUUUCCUUCCGUAAAUAUAUUAAAACUUAAUUUUUGAUUAGUAAUAUGCAUUGCUACGAACAUUUAGACAACUUUAAAGGCAAUUUUCUCAAUAUUUUGAUUUAGUUUUUUUGUUUGUUUGUUUGUUUUGCAUACAUUAACCAUACAUUAAUGGAAGUAUAUAUAUUAUUAUAUUAUUAUAUAUUAUAUAUAAACUUCAAUUUUAAAAAAUUAACCCAUGUGACUGGUUUUUGGUCCAAGGUCA